AAAACAACAGUAGUCGUUGAAUCAACAAACGACAUGGUAGAAACACAAGAUAAUAUUAAGGACCAAGUGAAGGUGAAGUUUUUCACCCGAGAUGAAGAUGAAUCACUCCAUUGCUCGCAGAACCCUAUAUAUAUUCCAGUAUCCUUGAAAAGGUUCGGUUUAUCUGAGAUUGUUAACCAUUUACUAGAAACUGAAACUCCUGUGCCUUUUGAAUUCUUGAUUGAUGGUACUAUCCUAAAGACUGAUAUACAGGACUAUUUAGUCAAGAACGGGUUAUCAACAGAAGCAUUUCUAACCCUUGAAUAUACCAGGGCAGUCUUACCCCCAAAGUUUUUAUCCAGUUUCAAUAACGACGAUUGGAUUUCUUCCAUUGAUUCUAUAAGUUCUAUGGAACUUCCAGGAUCAGAUAAAACCAGUAUUGUCACAGCGCCAAAAAUAUUGACUGGUUCAUACGAUGGUAUCGUUAGAAUUUAUAACUCUUCGGGUAAAGUUGAAACCCAGCUUACAGGACACUCACAACCGGUUAAGGCGGUUAAAUUCAUAAGUCCCACGAAGUUUAUCACUGCGGGUAUGGAUAGAUCUAUCAGAUUAUGGAGAGCUGGAGUUGUGAGUGACGAAGACAUUGGAAAAGAUACGCAAGCAGGUCACACAUUUGCAUUACUAGAUUACCACAAAAGCGCAGUUUCAAGUUUAGACCUAAGUUUGAAAACCAAUAGAAUAAUUUCCGGAUCUUACGAUAAUUCCCUUGCCCUUUGGUCAACUAAUCCCAAAGAAAUGAAUACAUCUGAUCCAAUAGAUGCAUCAGAAAGAUUGUCCUCUGCCUCAAGAAAAAGAUUAAAGCUUGCUAUCAAGGAUUCUUCAAUUAGAAGGAAAGCGCCAUUAUCAAUCCUCGAAUCACACCGUGCACCUGUCGAAGGAGUUUUAUUUGAUGAAAAUGAUCCAUCCGUUGCUUACUCUGUUUCUCAAGAUCAUACUAUCAAAACAUGGGAUUUGGUGACAGCACGUUGUGUCGACACAAAGCAAACGAACUAUUCAUUGUUAUCGUUAGUUGCUUUAAAGAGUAUGAAUCUUCUUGCAACUGGAUCAUCAGCAAGACAUAUCAAUUUGCAUGACCCAAGAGCUGCAAAAGUCACUAACAGUCAACUUAUAGGACAUACAAAUUUUGUGGUUUCAUUGGCUACAACUGAUAAUGAAUACAUGCUUAUAUCGGGAUCCCACGAUGGUACUGCCAAAAUCUGGGAUAUCAGGGCAAACAAGGCAAUGUACACUAUUACUAGACAAUCAGAAGAAGCAAAGAGCAAAGUGUUUGCUGUUAACUGGGAAAAGGAAGUCGGCAUCAUCAGUGCCGGCAGCGAUAAAAAGCUUCAGAUAAAUUCAAGUGCUGAGUUCAAGUAAGGAACGAAUUGUGGAGUAAUCUCUUUAGUCUAUUUAUAUAAUUUAUAUAGUUGACUGAACUACUGAAAAAGUUUUCUAAUAAAAAUAGGGCACAUCAUUCAAUAUAUAAACGGA